CGGCGGCCCGUGGGGCGGCGCGGGGGGCGGGCGCGGGCCGAGGGGCGGCGCCCGGGAACAUGGCGAAGACGUACGACUACCUCUUCAAGCUGCUGCUCAUCGGCGACUCGGGCGUGGGCAAGACGUGCGCGCUCUUCCGCUUCUCCGAGGACGCCUUCAACGCCACCUUCAUCUCCACCAUCGGUAUCGAUUUCAAAAUUCGGACCAUCGAGCUGGAUGGGAAGAGAAUCAAACUGCAGAUCUGGGACACCGCGGGGCAGGAGCGAUUCCGAACCAUCACAACCGCCUACUACAGGGGAGCGAUGGGCAUUAUGCUAGUCUAUGACAUCACCAAUGAAAAGUCUUUUGAAAAUAUUCGGAACUGGGUCCGGAAUAUCGAAGAGCACGCCUCUCCAGAUGUUGAAAAAAUGAUCCUCGGGAACAAAUGUGACGCAAAUGACAAAAGACAAGUUUCCAGAGAGCAAGGGGAGAAGCUUGCUGCAAGUUUUGGGAUUAAAUUUAUGGAGACCAGCGCGAAAGCAAAUAUAAACAUAGAGAAUGCAUUUUUCACUCUUGCAAGAGAUAUCAAAGCAAAAAUGGACAAGAAGUUGGAAGGCAAUAGCCCGCAAGGCAGCAACCAGGGCGUCAAAAUCACACCAGACCAGCAAAAGAAAAGCAGCUUUUUCCGAUGUGUUCUUCUGUGAGGGACACGGCCUUAAUCUGAGCAGCUGCUCAGCUGAACUGGACUGUGCCUGUUCUGAGCGAGAGUUCCUCUGUCUGUGGACUUAGCGUUUCCAGCAUCCCUUGUCACUUUGUGACCAUCGGAAUAAGAAAUUGUUUAUUUUAGUAAUUGUCUGACUCUUCAAUUUUGGAGAUGAAACAAGUUUAUUUUUGUCAGAUUGCCACCGGGCGCGUGUAUUGUCUAGCAGAGGGGGUACAGACCAAACCUGUGAUACAGCACCGUUGCUGACAGGCUUCAAUCUUUGUGUUCGUAUCUGUAACGUAGCCCAAUUAGAAAGAUUUAAGUUACGAUCAGAAUAAGAAACUGAAACGCCAAUGCUAAUAAAUACAGGUAUGUGUCCGUGAUAGAUGUGCGUAUCCGCAGAUGCGAUUAGAUCAGUCGCAUCGAGCCAUCAGUAACCGCACUCCGGUGAGCAGUACAGGCGUACGCCUUCCAGAAGGUGGAGGGAAGCGUUCUGAUCUCCACCGCUUUGCUACUGCGGAGAAAAUCCUUUGUCUGCCUGUUCCUUACUCAGUUGCGUUAUUCUAGACAAUCCACAAGUACAAUUGAAGUUUAAAAAAAAAAAAAAAAAAAAAAAAAAAAAAAAAAGAAAUCCUCCUCAAAGGAAUCUCUAUUUUUUUAAAAAACCAAAGUGUGCUGUAAAUAUAACGGAUCCUUGCCAUCAGGAAUGACUUUAUCCAUGUUAGACUUGAACGUGCUUAAUGAAGUACUCCGGGCGUUUAGACGCGUUUAACGGGAGACGACGGCUACGUGAGUCCCACGCGAACCGUCCGUCCUCUCCUCGGGGAGAAACGGACCCUGGUUGGGGUAGGGACACUCACUCGACAUCUGUAACGUUACGAUGGGCGACUUUUCCUUCUCCGGUCGAGAAUGACUCCAGAUCCGUCAGGAUGCAGUAGCUAGUUUUAAAUCGUGACAAGAAAAUGUAUUGCACUGCUUCCAGUUGUGUGUUCUCAUGCACACUUGCUCACAUAUGCAAAUAAAUGUUGCACAUAUGAACACUUUCUGAAAGCAAACUUUUUGAAGCUGAGAUUUGCCUUGCUGCUGCGUAUGCUCACGUCAGAUUUCACGCAGCAGCAAACCUGUUGAUGGCUGGCAUCAAUGCAAAUGACGUUUCGUCCUCAGUGGAAAUAUUCCACGUAUUUAUUCCUAUAAACACAGUCUAUUACAUUCCGAUGUAUAAAAUGUAACAGCCAAGUAAAGCUCGCAGGUAGGUAAUAGCCCUCGGUUGCGAGGCCGGGAGCCUGACUCCUCGUUAGGCUGACUCCUCGUUAGGCUGACGAGGGGAGCCAGGAGGAGCCAUCUACUUCACAGUCUGCUGUCAAGUGAUGGGAGUUAUGGGAUAUUUAAUGCCAAUGAUCGUAGCGGCUGUGUCCUGCAACUCACUGGAAUUGUUAACAUGCUUUGUUUACAUUGACAACUGCACUUAAGGGUAAAAUUAAAGCUGAUUUUAAAGUUAA